AUGUCGAAGGCUUACCACGAAGUGGCACUCAGGGCCCAGGCUGGAGUGCUUGACGCCAUUCCCAAGAAAUGGCGCCUGCCAACUACUCACCUCGAGCUCGCAGAGAACGCCAAUGUCGUAGACGUUCCUCGGACUUGCGGCAUUCUGUCUCCAGAACAGAUUGCUAUCACCGAGCAGACUGCGACUGAACUUUUGUCGAAGCUUGCUAGUGGGAAGUUAUCUAGUGUUGAGGUAACUGAGGCGUUCUGCGCUCGAGCAGCUAUUGCUCAUCAGUUGACAAACUGCCUCAUGGACUUCUUUCCAGAAAAAGCAUUGCGCACAGCGUCAGCCCUGGAUGAUCACCUCGCGAAGACCGGGAAGCCUCUCGGGCCUCUGCAUGGCUUACCAGUUUGCUUAAAAGACAUGUGGGACUGUCAAGGUCAUCGAAGUACCUUUGGGUUCGUGACAUGGUAUGACCAGAUUGCCGAGAAAGAUGCAGUCCUCGUCAAACAUCUCCGGGCGUCUGGAGCCGUCUUCCAUGCCAAGACCACGAUGCCGCAGACCGGCAUGAUGUUGGAAACCAAGAGCAACCUUUGGGGAACGACUCACAAUCCUUACAAUCGCAGUCUGCUGUCGGGUGGCUCCAGCGGCGGCGAUGGCGUCCUUGUAGCGAUGAGGGGAAGUCCAAUCUCGCCCAGCACGGAUAUCGGAGGUUCCAUUCGAGUUCCAGCUGCAUACAACGGGAACUAUUCGAUCAAACCAACUGCUGAACGAGUACCCAGACGAGGUUUGAAAAGUCCAGCUCCUGGGAAUCUGUCUAUCAAGGUUUCGUGUGGCCCGCAAUGUCACAGCGUUGCUGAUAUGAAGAUGUUUACGCAGCUCAUCAAUGCAUCUCCGGCGUCAAAGUAUGGCUACGAGCCCGGCAUCGCGACUGUUCCGUGGAGGGAGGUCUCAUCUCCUAGUAAGCUCAGCAUUGGCCUCUGGGAGUUCGAUGGGGUUGUCAAGCCGCAGCCUCCGAUACAACGGGCCCUCAAAGAGGCUGCGCAAAAGUUGAUUGAUGCUGGGCACGAAGUCAUACCGGUCAACAUGCCAUUUGACUGUUGGGAAGUGCUCGUCACCACUCGAAAGCUAUUCUUCCAGACAGGCUUCGAAGAAGGCAAGGCUGUCCUCGAUUCCGCCGGCGAAGAAAUGAUGGCAGGUGUGAAAUUCGCAUUGCAGGCUUUCAAUACCAAGAUGCUCUCCGUUACGGAGCUCUUUGCAUGCAACAACCUAAUGGGCAAGUAUAAGGUGCAGAUGACAGAAUGGUGGAAUUCAACGAUCUCCCAUACUUCAACGAGCAGGCCAAUCGAUGCGAUACUCUGCCCUUCAAGUGCCGUAGUCGGCUCACGACAUGACACGCCGGGCUAUGUUGGCUACACCUCAUUAUUUAACAUCUUGGACUAUCCAGCAGCUACCAUACCGUGGGAAGAGUUCAAUAUAUCCGAAAGCAAGGACCCGAAGGACCCUUCUUACAACCCUCUGCAAAGCAAUCCGUACGAUGCACUUGUUCAUGAAGCAUAUGAUUCUGUUACCCUUGCCGCUCAACCAAUGUCCCUGCAGAUCGUCGGAAGAUCAUUUGAAGAUGAAGAGACUAUUGAAGUCACGGCAGUGAUUGACCGCGUCUUGAAUCCGGUGUAG